AUGCCACGCUCCUUCCUGGUGAGAGCGCACUCCAGCCACAGGGCUCCCAACUACAGGCAGCUGGAGACGCAGAGAGAAGUCAAUGGUGCCCGUUCUGCCUGCAGGGGCCUGGUGGUGCCCGUCCUCCUCCCAGAUAAGUCGGCCUCUCCCACACCUGCUGACCCUCCCCGGCCCUGGGAGCGCACCUCUGUCAUCGCCCACAUCUCCCUGCCCCUUCCCCGCCACGAGGAAGCGCAGGGGGCCCCCGGGCCAGACCCCCUGCAAGUUGGCCCGGUGCACCUUUGGGCCAGUCGGGCCCCCAGCGUACCCCUCAAAGAUAGCCUGAACCAGCUUAACCUGCCCCCGCUGCUGGUGCUGCCCACACGGUGGCCCCCGAUCCCGGGCCCCGCUGGGGACCCCGCCGCAGACGGCCGGCUGGGUGCGGCACGGGCCCCCGGAGGCUUUCAGUGCGUGCACUGCGGCAAGCCCUACCACACGCCGGCCGGGCUGGCCAGGCACCGGGAGCUGCACUGCCAGCUGCGGGCACGGCGCUGCUUCUCCUGCAAACACUGCGACAAGGAGUACGGCAGCUUGGGCGCCCUCAAGAUGCACCUGCGCACGCACGCGCUGCCGUGCCCCUGCGCCGUCUGCGGCAAGGCCUUCUCCCGGCCCUGGCUUCUCCAGGGUCACAUGCGCACCCACACAGGUGAGAAGCCCUACACCUGUUCUCACUGUAGCAGGGCCUUCGCUGACCGCUCCAAUCUCCGGGCCCACCUGCAGACACACUCUGACACCAAGAAGUACCAGUGCAAGAACUGUGCCAAGACCUUCUCCCGCACGUCGCUCCUGGCGCGUCACCAGGAGUCCAGCUGCUGCCCCGACCCCUGAGGA